AGAGUUUGGGUUAGGUGAUCAUAUAUUUUCAUAAGUUUUGGCUAUGGCAAUUUCUAGCAUAAAUUCAGAUACUUCAACACAGAAACUUAUUGAUUCAUGUAUAAGUCCUUUGAUUGGUCUUGAAUACAUUGAAUAUUUCUUGUCAAUUAACAAUAAUUUAGGAUAUAAAUGUACUUUAUGUAUUAAUUCAAACUUUAGUCAAAACGAAUUUUUGGAUCAUAUUAUGAGCCUGAAUCAUCGCUUAUUAUAUUUGAAAAAAAAUUAUUUGGAUAUAUAUGAUGGGUGCUUGAAAGAUGUAAAUAAGGAAAAUUAUACAAAAGACUUAACCAUAAGAGUUGAAAGUGCAGCAGACUUUAUAGAAAAGAAAUAUGGGAGAAAAAAUGUUGGUUUAACCAUUAAUAAAGAGUAUCCUUUAAUUAAGAACGAUGAAACACACAAAAUAGCUGAGGCAGCAAAAUUGUGGGCUGACAUGAUGAUAAAAAUUAAUGAAAAUAUUCCAAUACCGCCUGAUAUUUUACCUGAUAAAAGGGCAAGUGAAAAUAUGAAAUUUAAUAUGUCUCUAGAAUAUAAUAAAUCAAAUGGAACUUCAAAUUAUCUGACUGAUGAAAAGGAAGUUUUUAUAGAUGUGCAACCCUUUAUCCAGGAAACACUUCAACUAAUCACAGAACCAUUAUUAGGUAUGGAAUUUGUCAUCGAACACCAAUUUUACAAGAGCUGUAAAUUGCUUUACACAACAUACACUUGUAAUUUAUGCGAUUCUCAAAAGACGUUAUCAUACGGAUCUCCAAACGAUAAUAUACUAAAUCACUUGCUUUGCAAUGAGCAUAAAAGAGCCUUCCUAGCCACUAAGGAUACCGCUCUACUAAGGCAGUGGGAUCUUAAUCUUAAUUCGAACGACCCGUUUCAAGCUAACAAGAGUUUAUCCACCGAGCUUUUGAAGUCUAUGGGUGGGAUUGCCACGAUGGGCGUAACUAUAAAUGGAAUUUACCCCGAUUUGUUCAAACAUUUACUUCAAAAAUCAAAUGGUUCCUACAUGGAAUUAGUUAAUCAUACUAACGAGAAGGAAUUGACAAAUUACCACAAGCCACGAAAUAAUUUUAAAGUUAACAAUAGUAAACCUUAUGAUACAAAAAAGCGAGUUCACGCUUCAUCUCACCCCAAACCAAUAAAUAACGACGAUGCUAAUGUAUCCGAGAUUGUGUCCAUGCAAGUGGAAGUGGUUAGAAUAAUAAAAGGCUACGUUGAUUGGCAAAUUAGGAAUGAAGAUGAAGCCUUAAUUACAUACCCUACAAUGGAUAAUCAUAAAUGGCAACUUUUGGACUGUUAUGUGGAUACUCUCUCAAAAUCUAUAGCUCAAACAUGUUAAAAAUGUAAGUAAAAUGAAAUCUUAGUGCUGAACCGAAAAUCUUGAAUAUCGAUUUUAUCACGUGAUUAUGAUGCAGUAGUUAUCGAAAAUGGUUCUAUUAUAUGAUUCGUUAUCAAUGUAUGAAUGU